AUGUUCUCCAUUUCACCCUCACCCCCUCUCUACCUGAGUUUCCUCCUCUUUCUCUCGCACCACUCCCCUGUUCUCUCCUGUCAGAUUGGGAACUACAGCCAGUGUGAGUCUGCUCCCUUUGUGCCAGGCCACAACCUGGUGGGAGAGGGCUUUGAUGUGGUCACACUGCAGCGAAAAGGAGCCUACAUGGUUGAUGUGAGGACCUACCUCACUCCAAGCGGCACCUGUACCCUCUGCUCCAACCCUUUUCAAGGAAACAAGCUGCAGAAACUGCCAGUCUCUGCAGUGGACUGGCGUGCAUUAAGCCGAUGCAACACUGACCUCUACAGCAGUGCACACACCUCUGUCAGCUCACUGAUUAACACUUACACCUCCCAGGACAGUAAUGACUGGAAGCUUGGCCUAGAUUUAAAUAAAAUUGUUUCGGCCAACCUGGUGGUGGGGGGAACACGUUCGUCUGCAUAUAACUUUGCUACAGGAAGGACACGAGAGGACCGCUACUCCUUCAGCACACACAGGGUUACCUGUAGCCAUUACAGUUACCGUGUGUCAAGCACACCACCCCUCAGCUCCGAGUUCAGUAAAGAUUUGGUGAGACUGCCAAGUUCCUACAACUCCUAUACCAGGGCUCAGUACACUAGACUUAUACAUACCUACGGUACACACUACAUCCGCCAGGUUCAUCUUGGGGGACGACUAAGGCGAGUCACAGCUGCACGUACCUGUUUGUCCACACUGAACGGGCUCUCCUCAAAUGAGGUGCACUCCUGCUUAUCACUGGGUGUUUCUGUAGGUCUGGGGAAGGUGACAUUAUCUGGCAACCGAAGGUCUUGCACCAGUGUCCUACAGAACCAGGGCUUGUCCAACUCAUACAGCUCUGGUCUCCACCAACAUCAAACAGAGGUGGUAGGAGGCAGUUUUUGGUCAGGGGAGUUUUCACUCACUCAUAAUGACUCCCUGGGCUAUGUGAACUGGCUGAAAACCCUCAAGGACCAGCCAGAUAUUGUUGGGUAUUCCCUCAGACCAAUGUACGAGCUGGUGCCAAAUGAGACGCAGAAGGCCGGAAUGAAGGCUGCCAUUGAGCAGUACUUAGCAGACAACGCUGUGCCUAACUCACCCAGAGAACGAUAUUGUGGGUGGGGCAUUCAAAACCUGGCUCCCAACUGCUGUCCCCAACGGGCCUGGAGAGGAAGACUGGUGGUGACCAUCGUCCGAGCCUGGGGUCUGAAAGGAGAUCCAGUUGGCAAGACUGAGGGGUAUGCCAAGAUGUGGUUUGGGUCCAACUACCGCAGGACUCGUUGGAUCAGGUCAAACUACCCUUGGUGGAAUGCUCGUUAUGAUCUGGGCAAGGUGGAUACACACUUGGGUUUGAAGGUCGAGGUCUGGGAUAAGGACGUGACCUAUGACGACCGUCUAGGCUCAUGUGUGAGGUACCUGAGCCAGGGGACACACAGCUUCAACUGUUGGGCCUAUAAAGGCGGCUUCCAGGUCCGCUACACGCUCACCUGCGACCCUCACCUGACUGGAGACAGGUGUAAUCGUUACAAACCAUCUCCACAGUGAGAAAUACAUUUUGGGGCCAUGCUAUUCACAACUUGCUACUCGCUUUACUUUAAUCAAGCGUGGUAGCUGAUCAGUUGAUCAUUUAACAGGUAAUAAAUGACUGAGGGCUUAUACAUUUAUUUUCCUGCCAUUGAAACACAAUAUUUCUUAUCUGUUUGAGGUUCAAUCAAUCAUUUGACCAUAUAAAUUACGGGUAAAUUCACACACUGACUUAUCUUUACUUAAAAAUGUAUGGUUUUCAGCUAAUUAUUACUAAAAAUAUAAUGUUUAUAAUAUAAAUAAAAUCAGUGCUGUGUGAUGUCAGUCAACACUCCCAAUUAUUAUGAUAAUGUAUAGUAUUGAAUUUUGUUGGUGGGUUUACAUUUGGAUUGCAGAUUGUACAGCUGGUGAUUUUCAGUGUCAAAUCCUUUUUUUGUCCAUUUUUGUAUGCC